AGUGGAGAACAAAUCGAUUCGAACGUCGUUUCAGGCUCAGUGUGUAACAUACGAUAUUCGUGAGUGAAAGAAACCUAAUGAUGAGAAAGGGCUGAUGGAUUGAUGGCUACUCGUUCGUCGACCUCACGGAAGAUGCGUGAAAUCCGGAAGUUUAUCUAAGAAACCAAAAAAUAAAAUAAAAAGCAUAAUAGAAGGGAGCAAUGUUUAGUGCGACGUCGUCGUCGUUGGCGGUAUUGUUGUCGAGGCGGAAAAGGGGGCAGUGACUUCCUCGGGUUGCCAUGUCCGGCGUGUACGCCGGACUGGGUGUCGUGUUCGUGCUCGUGUUCUGGCCGCGGGUCACCGGGUUGCUGCGCGAUUUGUUCGCGGACGUGGCCCGUCGCCUGUGUCUGCUCCUCGACCGACUCCCCGAAACCCGGCCGUCCUGGCCUGACAAGAGUCCCGAUGGUGAAACGCUGCUUGCUGACCAACAAGUCCGUGUGGAGAAUGCCAAUAGUCAAGAAGAAAAGCUUUCUGAUCAGAUCAUCCCGUUGAAACUGAGUUAUGGCAGGGAAAAGAGCUAA